UGUGACGGGGGAGGGGGAGUUCAGCGCGGCGGAGCCGGUGUCUGCGGCGGACGGAGCGCGGACCCCGGACCCCUCCCCCAUGGCGGCCAGGCGGCUGCGCGCGGUGCUGCGGCUGGGGGCGCGCCAGGGGCUGCGGCCGGGCGCGCCCCGCCUGGCAGUUGCAGGGCCGUGUCUCUCUGUGGGAUUCUGCUGAGCCGCGCGCCUUGGGCAAUAAACAGCCUGGACUGCGGCCCCUGCACCCCGCACAGCCGGACGUUCAUCAACCUCACGGGGCCUUUCACCAACAAAAGGAAGGAGUAUUCGGAGAGGAGGAUUAUAGGGUACUCCAUGCAGGAAAUGUACGAGGUGGUGUCCAACGUGGAUGACUACAAGCACUUUGUCCCCUGGUGCAAGAAGUCGGUGGUGGUCUCCAAGCGCACGGGCCACGUGAAGGCUCAGCUGGAAGUGGGCUUCCCGCCCGUGCUGGAGAGAUACACCUCCAUCGUCACCCUGGUGCGCCCGCACCUUGUCAAGGCCAUCUGCACUGACGGGCGGCUCUUCAACCACCUGGAGACCAGCUGGCGCUUCAGCCCCGGCAUCCCAGGCUACCCCCGCACCUGCACGGUGGAUUUCUCGAUCUCCUUCGAGUUCCGCUCCCUGCUGCACUCGCAGCUCGCCACGGUCUUCUUCGACGAGGUGGUCAAGCAGAUGGUGGCAGCUUUCGAGCGGCGGGCGGCCAAGAACUUCGGCCCGGAGACGCGCAUCCCCCGGGAGCUCAUGUUUCACGAAGUUCACCAAACGUGAGGGGGUCGGGGCCGCACGUGCAGACUCUGCCGGGGUGGCGGGAGGCGCUCGGACGCCCCGCCCCCGCCUUUUUAACUAUUUAUUUGAUUUCACCUCUC